CUUUGGCACUUCUAGGUGUAAAAUUUGUUGACGUUCCCACAUCGUUUGUUAUUCAAAACAAUCUUCGCACCAUGGCCGAAACAAGUUCCGCAAAAAAGCCUUCACUAAACGAUCAGGAGCGAGAUCUCGAGCAACAAGCGUUUAUAGAGUUUCAAAAAGCCGACUACCAUGCGUGCUAUCAAACGCUGCAGAAGCUGCUCAAAACGCAAGACUCCAACCCCAAGGUGCUGCACAACAGGGCGGUGGUGGAGUUUUACAACAGCGAUCUGCGCCGAUACGAUCAAUUCCGUUCCGCCAUGAUCCAGCAGACCGGGCUGGUCGGUGAGAUUCGCACGGUGGAGGUGAAGGAUCGCGAAUCGUGCGCAGCGUACGUGAACCAAGCGAUCGUCCUGUACCACUUCAAACAGCCGCUGGCCGCGCUCAAGAUUAUGCUCGCCGUGAUGGCCCAUUUCGACCGGCUGGAUGACUAUCUGCUGCGCCGGGCCGGCAUCUUCACCGUCCAUCUGCUGCUCGACACGAACCAGCCGAAGAAGGCGAACCGGCUGCUGGGAAUGCUGCAGAACCGGCUCGGCAUACAGGUGUACGCGAUACUGAGCGACUCGGAUGAGGACGAGCCGCUGAUCGAUAACGAAAGCCGGAAGGACAUCUCCGAGCUACAGUUCGAGGAGUUCCGCAAAGAGUUCCGCCUGAUACUGAUCCGCUCGAAUCUGCUGAACGGCAAGAAGAACAUGUCGAUCCCGCUGGAAGACACGUCCGAGUACUCCAUCCUCAAGGGGCAUCAGUACUUUCUCGGCAACGAUUAUCAGAUGGCGGCCAAGGAGCUGUCGAAGCAGUUCACCAACGAGCCGGUCAGCGUGAACCGGCACGGCGAAGAUCAGAACACGAUACUGGCCAACAACAUGGGCGUGAUACACUUUUCGGUCAAACACUACGCGCUGGCGGCACGGUUCUUCCAGCAAGCUCUGCUGUUCGACAAAUCCGCCACAGAGGAUACGUCCACGGAAAGGGUGGAAGGGUCGCCGCUGUACUGUGUCGGUGCUACCAAGCGGCCGGAGAUACUGUACAACCACGGACUGGCACUGUUGCAUCUGCAGCGCCCGAAGGAAGCGUUCGAGUGUAUGCUGAUCGUGCUGAACUCGAACCACAACAAUCCGCGCCUCUGGCUGCGGCUGGCCGAAUGCUGCAUCAUGGUGCACCGGCAGGAGAAGCAGACGCAAAAUGCCAGCAUCUGCCACGGCACGGUCGGGUGCGGUGUGCACCGGAAGUAUGUGCUGAACCCGUCGCCCAAAACGGCCGUCCCGGAGGGAGAUCAAUCGUUGGCCAUUCCUGCCACGACGCUCGAGUUCGGGGCGCUCUGCUUGCGGAACGCGGUCGCGCUGCUGGAGUACCACGAGCCGGAGCUAAUCCGGCAAACCGAGAGCAGCGAUAAGACGGUCGCCUGGGAUAAGGUAUACGAGGGUGUACCUUGCAAUCCUUCCCUGCCGAUGAAGUUGGUGUCGUUCAACAAGCUCAAGUGUGCGGUGCUGGCCGCGUACAGCUACGUGCUGAAUACUCUCGGCGAGUACAGUCUGGCGCUCAAGUAUGCGAAGCAAAUGUUGACCAUGAAAGAUUUGCCGCAAUCGUAUCUAUUACUCUCGCACAUGUACGCGGCGGAAGCGCUGAUCAUGAUGAACCGACCGCUGGAAGCCAUCACGUACCUGGAGCCCAAAUUCAUCACCGAACUCGCCGGCGAUGACUUUGGAAUGCGUGCCUCGCCGCACUGGAACAUUAAUUCGGCCGAUGCGGCCCGCUCCGUGAUGCACUACAACCGGGCGGUCGUGUCGUUCCUGAUCGGAGACUACGAACAGGCCAAAAUUGCGAUGAGCAGCUGCAACCACCCAUUGGUAAUGCCGUACCUUAAGAUGCUGAACGUCUACCAGGAGCUGCUGCUGGGAAACUACGACAAGGUGCAAUUACUCAUUCGUUACGAUACGCCACAUUUGAUUUAAAUCGUGCGUGUAGCAUGCAAAGUAAACAGUAUACAGUUUAGGAAA